AAAAAAAAAAAAAAAAAAAAACUAUAAAUUUUCAUAAAUAUAUAAAUAAACUUAAACAUUAAACAAAUAGCCAAUAAAUAAAUAAAUAACUUAUAAAUAAACAAAUAAAAUUUACUAAAAUAAAAUAAGCACAAAAUACUAUUACUCAUAGUCCAUAUCAUUUAUUAUCAUAUCAAAUUUCAUAUAUAUAUAUAUCAAGCUAUCAAUAUAAAAUUAAUUUUUAAUUAAUUUAAAUAAUUACAGUAAUAAUACCAUCUUAUUUAAUACACUAAACUCUCUUAGAGCUAAUCAAAAGUAUUUUUGUACAUAAAAAAACAUUUUUUUGCUUCAUCAAACACCCACAUAUAUACAUAGAAAAUGAGAUUCAAUCUUUCAAGAAAAAGAACAAAUACAAUUCCACCAGCUACUUUACCAAGAAAUCAGGAUCAAAUAGUUCACGAAGAAGAAGAGGAGGCAUCAUCACAAAAUGACAAUAAUAACAAUGAAAAUGAUUUAAUGACAGUAGAAGAGUUUAUUUUAGGUUUAAAUCAAAUGGAUCCAAGUAAUAGUGGUAACAAUAGUAUUAAAGUAUCAUCAGAAGACGAUGAAAUUGAAAAUGAAAAUCAUUUAAUGACAGUAGAAGAAUUUAUUUUAAGUUGCAGAGAAAAGAAUACUACCAAUAAUAAUCGAUCAAAUAAUGGCAGUAGAAGAGGCAGUAAUAGUAGUGCUGCAGUCGUACCACACAAUGAGCAAGACGCAUCACCAUCCUCACUCUCAUCAUUUUCAUUACAAAAGAGACAACAUGCAAUCGAGCACCAAGACCAAGUUGGUCAAGAAGAUGAUGGUGAAGAGCUUUUAACUGUUGAAGAAUUUAUAAAAAUUUCAGAAAAAAGAGAUAAUAGUAAUGAUAUGUUAACCAUAGAAGAGUUUAUUAUUCAAUCAAAUAAUGGAAAAUUAUAUCACAGAUCAAAUCUAAUUUAUUAA